AUGCACACAUCAGAACGCCAUCCUUCGAACAUUUGUUUUUUCGGGUGGAUGCGCUGGAUGGACACGAUUAAUGGCAUUCACCUGCACGAUGAGUCACGGUUGGCACGGGCCUUUCAGUGUGUUUUCUACAUCCUGCAGUUGAGUCAGCUACUUAUUGUGUACAAUUUCGGUGUCAUUUGCAUUAGCAACGUGUCGCUAGAUGAGUUUGCACUUCAGUUUAACCAGUUCGGAGGAAUUUUGCUAACCUUCUUCCGUGUGUUUGCAAUCAACCUGCAUCGUACCGAUCUGAAAAAAACGGCGCAGUUCAUCAAUGCUGAAGAAUUUCAUCAUCUCAAUGAACGUGCUGAAUGCAUUCGCUCCGGAACCAUCCGUAACGCGGGACGUUUCUUAACUACGUUGUUUAGCAUACAGACAGUGACGAUCGUGUUCUGGUUCAUUAUGACAGAGAUACAGGCACAUAAGCAGAACGUCCUAUUGCCCACCGUCACCAGCCUGCCGUUCGAUGCGUCGGAUUGGCCAUCAUUCCUUAAGGUGACUUUCCGAUUGUAUAUCUACUUAGCGUACACGCAGCUGAUGCUUACCUUCUUCGGAAGCUACAUCAUCACCAGUAGCUAUCUGCUUACACUAACGAUCGAACUGCGCAUUCUGAACGAUUCGUAUGCUAAAGCACCUGCACAUCCUCAGCAGUUGGUGACGUUUUUAAAGGAUCGUGUCAAGUACAAGGUGACACUGCUACAGCACAUCGGUAUCAUUAAACGCUACAUGAACGUUAGUAUACUGUUCGAGCUGGUGCUUAUCGUGUGUUUGCUGGCAAUCAACGGACUACGCCUGUGCACAACCAAAAGUGACAUGAGUGAGGUUGCUCUCUCCAGCAGUAUGAUCAUGAUAUAUUUGCUCGAGUUUUUCCAAUACUGCUGGCAGGUCGAUGAGAUGCAACUGUUGCACGAGGGGCAAGCGCUUGCCAUCUACUCAACACCCUGGGUUGGUGCCAUGCAACAAACGAAAGCGUUACAGCUGGUCACGAUCCGCAUGGCACAGACUCCACUGCGCUUCAUGUGCGGUGGAAUGUAUCAACUGUCUACAGAACUGUUUGCCACGGUUGUACAGUUUAUCUAUUCGCUGGUGAUGAUGCUUUUACAUUUUAAAUAA